AUGUAAAAAUACUUAUUAAAUGGAUUUGAAGUUUUUAAAGUCUUACCAAUAUCUCAUGAAAUUUUAAGAAAGAAAAGUCAUGAAUAUUACAAUUUCACUAAUAAAGAGGAAGAUAUCCUAAGCAUUAUGGUUGAUACUUUAAGAUUAUAUAAUAAAGUUCAUAAGAUUGAUGCUUUAGCUUUAGCAGCACCAUAAAUAGGAUGGGAGAAGAGACUUUUUGUUUGUGCUGACAUAGAUUUAUAAUAUAGAAAAAAGGCAAAAUAUAUUUAAAAAGUUGACGUUUACUUGAAUCCAUAGAUAAUUAAAAAAUCAAAUGAUUUAAUAAAAAGCGAUGAAUUUUGCCUUAGUUUUCCACCUAAUGUAUAAAUAUAAUUAUAUUAUAAGAAAAUGGUUUGUGUAAUGAGAUCAAAUAAAAUUGUAAUGAAAUAUUAUAAUUUAUUGGGAAUUGAGAUGGUUGUAGAAGCAGAAGGAUUGUAAGCUUGUAUUUAUCAACAUGAAAUUGACCAUUUAGAUGGAAUUAGUGCUUUAGAUAAAGCUACAUCUAUUAUAGAUAGUUAAUAGUGAUGAAAACUC